CUCCUUCAGAAUCCUUGUUACAAUGAGUGGCCUAGCAGACGAGCUUUUGGCUGAUCUUGACGGUCUCGAUGACGAUGUGGACGACUACAACGAGGAGGAGAGCAAAGAGAAUGAAGCCGGAUCUUCAACAGAAACAACUCGAAAACGAAAAGCAGAAGGCUCUGACGAUGAAAUGGCUGACGAUGAGGCAGGAGAUACGGGGGAGAAUCAAGGAGCCGAAGGAAUGGUGCUCGCUGGGGGAAUAAGGCCCGCAGAGGAGCUUGACGCGGAAGAUGUGCAAGCUAUGGAUCUUGGAGGUAUAACGGACGUUAGUAAAAUUGCGAAACUUGAGGGCAGCAAGAAGAUGCUGGACAUUAUUAAGGACAUCGAGAAAUAUCAGGCAAAGCCAAGUUCUGCAGAAUCCAUGGCCCUCCCCGCUCACAUGAAUCCGGAAUAUAAUGUCAUUGUUCAAGCUAACAACCUUUCUGUCGACGUGGAUAAUGAGAUACUUUUGGUGCACAAGUUCAUUCGUGACCAUUAUGCACCUAAAUUUCCGGAACUGGAGCAAUUGGUAACAGACCCCACGAUGUUCAUACGCUCUGUCAGAGCGUUAAGAAACAGCGAGGAUCUCACCAAAGUUGACUUGGCGGGUGUUUUACCUCCUGCGAUUAUCAUGAGUGUUGUAGUCACAGCUACCACAACGUCAGGACGGCAACUUACCGAAGCCGAGUGGGAAGCGAUCCAACGAGCUUGCGACCUGGCCGACCGUUUAGAAGAAGCUAGGAAAAAGAUUUUUCUAUACGUCAGCUCCCGAAUGAACAUCCUUGCCCCGAAUCUAUCUGCAAUCGUAGGUACAACGACAGCUGCAAAGCUUCUUGGUGUCGCUGGCGGGCUGGGUGGAAUAGCGAAAAUGCCUGCAUGCAAUGUCCCUCUCCUUGGUGCACAAAAGAAAAUCGCUGCAGGUUUUUCGUCUGUCACGCAGAAACGGCAUACUGGUUUCAUAUUUCAAUCCGAGUUGGUAAUUAAAACUCCCCCGGAAUACCAACUGAAGGUUCAACGUACUGUGGGAGCAAAAGCCGUCCUUGCUGCUCGUAUGGACUUGGAACGGCAGAAGCGAAAUGGUUCUUUCGGUGAAGAGCUGCGAGAUAAAAUCCUUAAACAUAUCGAUAGACUCGCUGCGCCUCCGCCUGCCAAGGUCGUAAAGGCUCUACCUAUUCCCAAUGAUGGGCCAAAGAAGCGACGCGGAGGAAAGCGUGCCCGUAAAGCCAAAGAAGCAUACGCCCAGACAGAGCUGGGAAAAUUGCAAAACCGCAUGGCUUUUGGUGAGGCUGAACAAGAAGUCGGUGCAUUCGACCAAACGAAGGGACUUGGAAUGAUUGGUUCCGGUAAAGUCAGAGCAGGUAUGGGCGAUUCAAGGAACAAAGCCAAGAUGUCAAGAGUGAACAAGUUACGUACGGCUGCGCUUACUCGCGCGGCUCAAGCUGGAGGUUCGCAGUCUUCUGGAACGGCGACUUCACUAAGUGUGACUCCUGCUCAAGGUUUCGAAUUGACCAAUCGUGCUGCUGCAGCACAACGGGUGAAGGAAGCAAACGAACGCUGGUUUGCCGCUGGGAGCUUCUCUUUUGUUGGUCAGAAAGGGUCAUGAUAUAGUCGCCUCGUCUUCUAUUUCUACUUGUACAUAUACGAAUGUCGUUGUAUGAUAUGUUGGCGUAGUCCUGCGUAGUCGCAUGCGAGAAUCUUAUAAACCUUAACCCUGC